GACCGUUUCAUCCUGCCCCACUUUGGAUUCACUCAUAAACCUACUCACACUCUCUCUCAUCUUCAUCCGAUUUCAUCUUUAGGUGAAAGCGUUUGUGAAAAUCAUGAAAAUCCAUUAGCAGAAUCGGCUUUCAGAGUCAUCGGAGCAUUGUUCUUAGUGAGAGAGAACGAAUUUUUUCCCUAACAAUGGGCUGUUUCAUCGCUUGUUUCCGCUCAUCCAAUGACGGGAAACGCCGGAUGCGGAGGCGGCGUAAGGUUUCGCCACGAGAUCAAGCCGCUAAUGCUAUCUCCCAGCCCGUUCAGGCCUCACCAUCUACCUUAGACAGUGCUUCUGUUGGGUCCAUUAGUCCGAUUCUUAAAUCUCGGAACAGGUCUGAGGAGAGACUAAAUCUGAGUACUAGAAAAAGAGUAACAUUUGAUUCCAAUAUAAGAACAUAUGAGCUUGAUCAUGUUGAAGAUGAUGCUUUUCUUGAAAAGGAGAGGAACAAGGAGGAGGACCUAGCUGAAAUACCCCAAUGCAAAUCUAUCUCUGAAAAUGGAUCCACUGUUUCGAGCAUUUCGUCUUACCCAUCGAAUCAUAGGUAUCAGAAUUGUCGAGAUAGUGAUGAUGAUGAUGAAUUGGAUUAUGCUGAAAGUGAUCUCGAUCAUGAUCAUGUUGACACUGAUGACGAUGGUGAUGAUGAUGAUGAGGAUGAAGAGUAUGAGAAUUACUCUGAUGAUGAAGAUGGAAGUUCUGCUUCUCAAGUGUUUGUCGACGAGGUCGAUAGCUGUUUGUCAGUAUGUGGGUGUCCUGGAAAGACUGAACCUCAAACCGGGGCGAGACCGAUUGCUCGAGAUAGGAAUGCAGGUGUUCCUUCUGUGUUGAAGCCUGUGGAAAAUAUCUCACAAUGGAAGGCAGUUAAAGUUAAGGAUAUACAUCGGUCGAACAAAGAGAAUUUGACACUAAAUGGAGCUCCUUGGAGUUGUUUGGGGACGGAGCCACAUUUCGGGAAAUCAUCUUUUUGUUACGAAUCGAGAACUUGCAUACCUAAGAACUCAGCUCAAGACAUAGCUGUUGAUGCUAGCCUUUCAAACUGGUUGAGUUCAUCAGAAGUUACACCUCCAAUCAAGACUAGCACAGGCAUUUUAGGUCUUCCAACACCAGAGUCACAAGGAUCAAACUCACCUAAAAGCCAAGAAGAUAGACCAGUUUUGGGAGCUUUAACCAUGGAGGAGCUCAAUCAGUUUUCAACUUCACCUUCUCCGAGGAGAUCACCAUAUAGAAGCGCCCCCGGCGAUAUGCCAAUCAUUGUGACGGUUGGCACAUACAGCAGUAACUACAUAGAAACGUGCGUGAAAUAAGAGUGAAACCAAAUUCCAAUUGAUGUCGUGGAAGAAAGAAACUGAUUUGUGAAGGGUGACAGUGCCAUGGAUAUCGAUAAUCGAGGUUCCGAGAGGUGAUAGCGCGCCAUAGAUGACGAUGAAUGCAAGCUUACCAGCUUACACUACACCAUUGUAUGAUAGACAAGUGUAUGAGAUAUUUGGUGGAGAGUUUGGAUCUGUCCAUUGAUUUUCUUUCAUUGUUUUGUGAAUUUGAUUGAAUUGAUUUCUGCAAUGCUCUUUUGUUCGAUUGAGUUAAUUCAUUCAUUCGCUUGCUUCUCA